UGAUUCUGCUUCCGGUUGCAGUCUGCUCGUCCUAGCUUGAAGCCGCUCAGUUCCCCUCGGUUCUUAUCGGGUUUUUAAAGAUGGGAGAGGCAGACGUGACCCUCAGCCAGACCGAGGAGAAGCCCCCGGACUCGGCUCUGGUUCCCGGGGAGGACUCAGUGGUCUGGAGCCAUGAAGUGGAGGUGUGUCUUUUCCACGCGAUGAUCGGACAUAAACCAGUGGGCGUGAACCGUCACUUCCACAUGAUCUGCAUCCGGGACAAGUUCAGCCAGAACAUCGGCCGGCAGGUGUCCUCCUCCGUCAUCUGGGACCACCUGGGGACCAUGUACGACAUGCAGGCUCUGCACGAGUCCGAGAUCCUGCCGUUCCCCAACACGGAGAAGAGCUUCUCCCUGCCUGAGGACAUCAUCCAGGAGGUCAAAGGAGGGAGGCUGGGCUCAGAGGAGGAGACCAGGGAGGAGUUCAGGAUGGAGCGAGAACCUCCUGCUACACACGAAGAAGGAAGCAACUCCUCCGUGAAGAUGUCGGAGCGGUCCGGCGGCAGUCGGGAGAAGGAGAAGGAGCGCGACAAGGAGAAGGGCGGGGCUGAAGGAGGAGCGGCACCCGGAGGAGGAGGAGGAGGAGGGGCGAAGGAGGCGGAGAAGAGGAAGAGGAGCCGAGCCACUGAGAAACUGAUGUCGUCUUCCAACCCGGCGAGUCCGGGAGGCGCCAAGAGGAGGCGCACCUGAGAGCUGGACUCUGAUUGGCUGCCUGAUCCUGAGGCCUCACCAUGUGACCGCAGCAGGAGGAAGUCGCCUGUUUCCACAUCCGGAUCUCCAGUUUUUGCUUUUCGUUGUUUUUUCUGUGCUGUCGUCUCGCUGCUCUGCUUCUCCUGCCGCCCAGCAGAACUCUGGACCCGGAACGCCGUGAGAACCGUUCUCCCUACACCCUCUGAGUUUAGGUCGGACCCGCCGUGCUCCUGCAGAACCACCGCGUGGAUGUUGGUUCUGAUGGGUCCGUGUCGGGUUUGCUCCCUGCAGCGGUUCUGUCGGACAGAAACCAGGAUUCCAGCCGCUGCCUGAGGUCCGAUCCUCCUGAGCUUUGAGCAGAACCAGGGGAACCGGCAGCAGGACGUCUCUGAUCGGACCUCCGGACAUUCAGGCGGCAGCAGAGGGACCGUCCGGCCUCUGCAGCCGGGUUCUGGACCCAGUCGGUGCAGCGGUGCCGUGUGUGGGGGGGCGGGUCCAGCCGGUCCGUCCUGCCGGCUCAUGCGGUUUAGUUUGCGUGUCGUUGUGGAGCAGCAUGGAGAUUUUACAAUGUUUGUUUCUUAUUUAUUCACGACUGUUGGUGGCAUUAAAACAUGAACGUCA